GUACAGUCGACGUGUGGCGUCAGUAAACACGUCAGGAACGAGGAAAAUUAAUCAUCAUCAUCAUCAUCAUCAUGCCUGAACCAGCAGGUCUGAAGUCCGCGCCCAAGAAGGGCUCCAAGAAAGCCGUGACCAAAGCGGGUCCCAAGACCGGCAAGAAGAAGAGGAAGACUAGGAGGGAGAGCUACGCUAUCUACGUGUACAAGGUGCUGAAGCAGGUGCACCCUGACACCGGGAUCUCGUCCAAGGCCAUGAGCAUCAUGAACUCGUUCGUCAACGACAUCUUCGAGCGCAUCGCGUCCGAGGCUUCCCGCCUGGCUCACUACAACAAGCGCUCCACCAUCACAUCCCGGGAGAUCCAGACCGCGGUCCGCCUGCUGCUGCCCGGCGAGCUGGCCAAGCACGCGGUGUCUGAGGGAACCAAGGCCGUGACCAAGUACACCAGCUCCAAGUGAACUGGUCUUACCAGUUUCAAACCCAACGGCUCUUUUCAGGGCCACCCACUUUCACUCUGAAGAGAUUUAAAUCCUGUGUU